AUGGGCUUUGACUCCCAUACCGUGGUGCGAGGUCAAGCCGUCGACAAUAACCCCGAGGCGGCGAAAGUUUCGCUUUCACUGUAUAAAUCGCUUCUCGUUAACGCUGCAAUGUUGCCAGAUCUACAUGCCCGCAAGCAUUUCACAACUGCUAUUCGUUCUAUGUUCCGGUCAGGCAGGAAGACAGAAUUAACGAGUGCGCAAGAAGACCUGAGGAAACUCCAGAAGGCAAACAUGGGUAACCUCAAAGCCUUGGAGGAGGUAUUGGAGCACACGUAUGGACUUCGCGGGAAGCGACGUGAUGUAUUUCUGAAGUCUGCCCUUCCUCCAACUCCUCGAGCUGCUCCGCUCGUACCGGGAGACUGGAGAACAGUCCCACCGGUGAUCCCAGAGCCAUUUACAGCACUUGCCAAGAGCCAGUUUCCAAAGAAACGUAUUGAGGUGGUAUUGCCCAUCCCAACCGACCCCACCAAAACCCUGACGCCCAAACGAGAAGCCAAUUUUCGGAAAAGGCAUUUCCAGGAACUGAGGAAGAAAAUCAUCGCUCCAAUACCUCGCUACUUGGUUGAGAGCAUUGAACAGCGGCUGCGAGAGCCAGAGACACUUAUACCUCCAUUAACGGAGUUGCAGAAACAAAGGCUUGCAAAGAUGUUCAGAGAUCCUGAUCCAAAAGCAACAAGAGGCACUCGCACCCUAACACCCAGAUUCUUGUCACGAAUGUACCGAAGGCUUCUAAAUGAAGCAUAUAUCCUGGAGAAAGACUCCAGUACAGGCAAAUGGUUUGUUGCAAGGAGUGAAGAACGGCAACAAGCGAAGACCUUCCCGGUCGGGACAUCCGAUAUGUUUGAAGGCAUGGACGAGAAAGGAAACGUUAUUUCGAUACCCACGCAUGCACCAUGCUCGCCAUCACCGACCUCGACCCUCACAGCCCCAAAGCACUAA